AUCGAACAACAGUCAGACGCCAGAGUUGACAAAGUCACCUUAACCCAGUCUUCCAGCAAGUAUAACGUAAAAAGCAUCAUCAGCCAUGUUUAAGCUGUGCCUGCCUCUGUGUGCAAUUGUUCUUAUCCUUGCUGGUGCUACCGGCGCAGCUACUCUGGACUGGCCAGCGAAUUUAGUCGCCGUAGGCCCAGGAAAAUCAUCGCAAGCACUGCCUGUGGCCAUUUCCGAGGAGUCGGCUGAGGCCUUGGAGGCCAGCUCGAAUGGCGUAUCUGAGGAGGACGAUCUAUCCGAGUCUUCUAGCGGCAGUAGCCGCGAUGGCAGCUCAAAUGCCGCCGAUUCGCGCAUAGUCUCCGCCGUACCUGUCUCGUUGCCCUUGCCACUUAUUGUGGCCGCACGCUCAGGUUUGCGCACCGUCCUCACCAUCCAAGAGCCCACAGUAGCUAGAGUUGGCGAGGUGGUCCAGCAUGUGCCCACGGCUGUGUCGCAUCAAAGCCAGACUGUUGUGCACGACCACAAGCGUGUGGUCACUCCAAUUGUGGCUCCCGCUGUACGUACCACACAGCAGGUGCGUCAACAGCAGCCAUUGCUUUGGUCCAUCAACGAACCCCGAGUUGUCGUCUUGAGAAACUAAGCGUUAAGGCAGGCAGCAACACGAUGAUGAAACCAAAGAGAAAAUUAUGCCAAAUUCGUACGCUUCUGUUUUCAAGCUAACAAAUACUUAGUCUCUUUCCUGCCAUUUCUUCUGCCAUACUACAAACUACAAUUGUAAUUGAUCUUUCGUACUCUCUUCUCUGUAGCUCGCUUUUUUUGGAAUAAAGAAUCUGCAUCAAA